AUUUCCUAGUUCUGGCAAGUAUGGGGAUGCUGCAUAACACCGGGGGAAUUCCUGAGGAAAUACUUAUUUCCGCACUUCGAGACUAUUGUGUUUGCGAUUUGUGUAGCCUACUGGCCGUACAUUUUAACAGAGAAAACUGUUUUCUGUGAUUUAUUCCCUCAUCAAAGAUGGCCCAGUGGUGCCAGCUGAAACUUCUGGAGUCUAAAUACCAGGAGCAGGUCCACCAGCUCUAUGAUGUCUCCUUCCCCAUGGACAUCAGACAGUACCUCAGCAAGUGGAUUGAGAGCAUCGACUGGGAUAAUGUGGCUGUUGACGAAUCCCUGGCCACUGUCCGCUUCCACAAUCUCCUAGCCCAUCUUGAUGACCAACACAGCCAUUUCGCCCUGGAGAAAGACCUCCUGCGACAACACAACAUCCGCAAGUUCAAGGGAAACCUACAGGACCGCUUUCAGCAGGACCCCGUUCACUUGGCCAUGAUCAUCUCCAGAAACCUGAAGGAGGAGCGGAGGAUUCUGGCUGCUGCCAAAAGCAUAGAGACCGACAGAGAAAACACACAGACCAGCAUGGUUCUGGAAAAGCAAAACCUGGACAACAAAGUCAAAGACAUGAAAAACAAGGUUCAGGAAGCGGAUCAGAAUAUAAAGUCUCUGGAAUACCUUCAAGACGAGCAUGACUUUAAGGAAAAUACUCUUAAGAACAGAGAACAUGAAAUGAACGGGCUGACACCUAAACAGCUGGAACACGAGAAGCUGCAGAUUGUAGAGAUGUGUUUCAAGCUGAAGCUGAAGUUCAAGAGAGUGGAAGUGGUUGGCCAGUUGGCGGAGGUGCUCAGCAUGGCCGAGGAGGUCCAAUCAGACUUGAUCUCAGAGGAGCUGCCUGAGUGGAAGAAGAGGCAGCAGAGCUCCUGUAUUGGAGGACCACCCAACGCAUGUCUGGACCAACUGCAGAACUGGUUCACAGCGGUAGCAGAAAGCCUGCAGCAGGUGAGGCAGCAGCUGAAGGAGCUCCAUAAACUAGCUCAGAAGUACACAUACGACAACGACCCAAUCAAACAGCAGAAAGGCUUCCUGGAGGGGCGGGCCCUGGCACUGUUCCAGAACCUCCUAGAACAUUCCUUGGUGGUAGAGAGACAGCCCUGCAUGCUCACACAUCCACAGAGACCUCUGGUGCUGAAGACACAGGUGCCGUUCACUGUCAAGCUCAGAUUUCUUGUGAAACUCCAGGAAUUCAACUAUCAACUCAAAGUGAAAGCUUUGUUUGAUAAGGACGUUACAGAAAAUAAAGGGUUUCGUAAGUUCAACAUCUUGGGUACCAACACAAAAGUUAUGACUAUGGAGGAGUCAAAUGGAAGCUUGGCUGCAGAGUUUUUCCCUUUGAGACUGCAAGAGCAGAGAGUGACUGGAAGAGGAAAGAAAGAGGGGCCUCUCAUUGUGACAGAGGAGCUGCACUGCAUCUGCUUUGAGUCGGAACUCCGCCAGUCAGGUCUGGAAAUCAAACUAGAGACCAUCUCCCUGCCCAUUGUGGUCAUCUCCAACUGCAGCCAGCUGCCCAGUGGCUGGGCCUCCAUCCUGUGGUACAACAUGCUGACCAGCGAGCCCCAGGACCUGGAGUUCUUCCUGAACCCUCCGGCAGUGUCCUGGGGUCAGCUAUCUGAGGUGCUGAGCUGGCAGUUUUCCUCUGUCACCAAGAGGGGGCUCAAUGAUGAGCAGCUAGGCAUGCUGGCUGACAAACUACUGGGCCAGAAAGCACAGAGGAAUCCUGAGGGCCUUAUCUCCUGGACCAUGUUUGCUGCUGUCAAGAGCCUCCGUGAGAAGAGCUUUCCCUUCUGUCUGUGGAUCGAAGACAUCCUGGACCUCAUCAAGAGACAUCUGCUGUCCCUGUGGAAUGAUGGUUGCAUCCUGGGCUUUGUGAGUAAGGAGAGGUCAAAGGCCAUGCUGACUGGGAAGUGUCCAGGCACGUUCCUGCUGCGCUUCAGUGAGAGUAGCAGAGACGGAGCCAUCACAUUCACUUGGGUGGAACACGACCUAAACGAUAAGCCUGUAUUCCAUGCAGUGGAGCCCUACACCAAGAAGGAGCUGUCUGGCGUCGCUCUGCCUGACAUCGUCCGAACCUACAAGGUGAUGGCAGCUGAGAACAUCCCAGAGAACCCACUCCGUUUCCUCUACCCAGACAUCCCCAAAGACAAGUCCUUCGGGAAGUACUACACCAGGGCCUCUGAGGCAUCAGAGCCCAUGGAUGUGGAGAGUCCUACCGACACAGGAUACGUAAAGACUGAUAUCAUAUCAGUGUCAGUUGACCCAUCUAGACAGCAAGACGAGAUGAUGCUCAUGUUGCCAGAAGAGCUGAAAAGUGGACCAGUGCCCCAUUGUUUGAGUGGAAGUCCUAAGAAUAUUGAUACUGCUGUGAUGGCCCAGUGGUGCCAGCUGAAACUUCUGGAGUCUAAAUACCAGGAGCAGGUCCACCAGCUCUAUGAUGACUCCUUCCCCAUGGACAUCAGACAGUACCUCAGCAAGUGGAUUGAGAGCAUCGACUGGGAUAAUGUGGCUGUUGACGAAUCCCUGGCCACUGUCCGCUUCCACAAUCUCCUAGCCCAUCUUGAUGACCAACACAGCCAUUUCGCCCUGGAGAAAGACCUCCUGCGACAACACAACAUCCGCAAGUUCAAGGGAAACCUACAGGACCGCUUUCAGGAGGACCCCGUUCACUUGGCCAUGAUCAUCUCCAGAAACCUGAAGGAGGAGCGGAGGAUUCUGGCUGCUGCCAAAAGCAUAGAGACCGACAGAGAAAACACACAGACCAGCAUGGUUCUGGAAAAGCAAAAGCUGGACAACAAAGUCAAAGACAUGAAAAACAAGGUUCAGGAAGCGGAUCAGAAUAUAAAGUCUCUGGAAUACCUUCAAGACGAGCAUGACUUUAAGGAAAAUACUCUUAAGAACAGAGAACAUGAAAUGAACGGGCUGACACCUAAACAGCUGGAACACGAGAAGCUGCAGAUUGUAGAGAUGUGUUUCAAGCUGAAGUUCAAGAGAGCGGAAGUGGUUGGCCAGUUGGCGGAGGUGCUCAGCAUGGCCGAGGAGGUCCAAUCAGACUUGAUCUCAGAGGAGCUGCCUGAGUGGAAGAAGAGGCAGCAGAGCUCCUGUAUUGGAGGACCACCCAACGCAUGUCUGGACCAACUGCAGAACUGGUUCACAGCGGUAGCAGAAAGCCUGCAGCAGGUGAGGCAGCAGCUGAAGGAGCUCCAUAAACUAGCUCAGAAGUACACAUACGACAACGACCCAAUCAAACAGCAGAAAGGCUUCCUGGAGGGGCGGGCCCUGGCACUGUUCCGGAACCUCCUAGAACAUUCCUUGGUGGUAGAGAGACAGCCCUGUAUGCCCACAUAUCCACAGAGACCUCUGGUGCUGCAGACAAAGAUGCAGUUCACUGUCAAGCUCAGAUUUCUUGUGAAACUCCAGGAAUUCAACUAUCAACUCAAAGUGAAAGCUUUGUUUGACAAGGACGUUACAGAAAAUAAAGGGUUUCGUAAGUUCAACAUCUUGGGCACCAACACAAAAGUUAUGACUAUGGAGGAGUCAAAUGGAAGCUUGGCUGCAGAGUUUUUCCCUUUGAGACUGCAAGAGCAGAGAGUGACUGGAAGAGGAAAGAAAGAGGGGCCUCUCAUUGUGACAGAGGAGCUGCACUGCAUCUGCUUUGAGUCGGAACUCCGCCAGUCAGGUCUGGAAAUCAAACUAGGGACCAUCUCCCUGCCCAUUGUGGUCAUCUCCAACUGCAGCCAGCUGCCCAGUGGCUGGGCCUCCAUCCUGUGGUACAACAUGCUGACCAGCGAGCCCCAGGACCUGGAGUUCUUCCUGAACCCUCCGGCAGUGUCCUGGGGUCAGCUAUCUGAGGUGCUGAGCUGGCAGUUUUCCUCUGUCACCAAGAGGGGGCUCAAUGAUGAGCAGCUAGGCAUGCUGGCUGACAAACUACUGGGUCAGAAAGCACAGAGGAAUCCUGAGGGCCUUAUCUCCUGGACCAUGUUCGGUGCUGUCAAGAGCCUCCGUGAGAAGAGCUUUCCCUUCUGUCUGUGGAUCGAAGACAUCCUGGACCUCAUCAAGAGACAUCUGCUGUCCCUGUGGAAUGAUGGUUGCAUCCUGGGCUUUGUGAGUAAGGAGAGGGCAAAGGCCAUGCUGACUGGGAAGUGUCCAGGCACGUUCCUGCUGCGCUUCAGUGAGAGUAGCAGAGACGGAGCCAUCACAUUCACUUGGGUGGAACACGACCUAUACGAUAAGCCUGUAUUCCAUGCUGUGGAGCCUUAUACCAAGAACAAGCUGUCUGUCAUCUCUCUACCUGAAAUCAUCCGCAACUACAAAGUGAUGGCAGCUGGGAACAUCCCAGAGAACCCACUCUGCUUCCUCUACCCAGACAUCCCCAAAGACGAGGCCUUCGGAAAGUUCUAUACCAGGGCCUCAGAGGCAUCAGAGCCCAUGGAUGUGGAGAGUCCCACUGGCACAGGAUACAUAGAGAAAGGUUUCAUACCAGUGUCGGAAGUUCACCCAUCUAGACUGCAAGACAAGAUGAUGCUCAUGUCGCCAGACGAGUUUGAAGAGCUGGAACAUUGGCUCCAUUGAUGUAGUGGAAGUCCUAAGAAUAUUGAUACUGCUGUCGUAAAUGCAAUUUCCUCUCUGGCUCUUUACUGUGAUAUUCAGCAUUAAUAUGUCAAGGGAAAUAUACACUCUUAGAAAAGGGUUCCAAAUGGUUCUGUGGCUGUCCCCAUAGGAGAACCCUUUUUGGUUCCAGGUAGAGCCAUGUAAGGUUCCAUGUAGAACCCUUUGUGGAAAGGGUUCUACAUGCAACCCAAAAGGGUUGUACCUGGAUCCAAAAGGGUUUUUAUUUGGAACCAAAAUGGGUUAUUUUAAGGGUUCUCCAAUGGGGACCGCAAAGAACCCUAUUUGGUUCUAGAUGGCACCCUUUUUUCUAAGAGUGUAGUAUUAUUUAUAACAAAGCUAUCUACGCAAAACAAAAAAUAUAUACGCAAAGUAAAUGUAAAGUGGGUCCCAUGGUUCAUGAGCUGAAAUAAUAAAUAAUUUUUCAGAUUCACAAA